AUGAAGGUCGGGAGUUUUGCACUUAGUGUGCUUGUUGUUCUGAUUCAAGCCCAAUCCAUAUUGAGCCAAAGUUGUGUAAGUGGUCCACCAGAUUAUCUGUGUCCAGGAAUACCGACAUCGCUGGAAGUGUAUCUGCAGCACGAAUCCUACUGCAAUCGUUUCUAUAGGUGUAUCGAGGGCAAGGCAGUUGAAGGCCGCUGUCCGUCAGGAUUAUAUUUUAAUCCGAGUGAGAAUCUCUGCUGUCCAGAUGAUGAUUUGUGCUACCGAUCGACCCCUUGUACCCAAUCGGUUCCAGGAUGUGAACGCUGUGUGAAGGAGUUUGUCAAAGGUGGAGUAACGAAGCAGGACUUUUAUGUGUGUAAUUGCGAUGGAACUGGAGUACCUCAACGUUGUGCAUGGGGGAUCGACUCCGUUACUAAAGAAAAUCUGACACUCAGUUUUAUCAAUGGACGCUGCGAGAACCCUGAUGCCACACUUUCAGCCGCUAAAGGCUAUACUGGAGAUGACGGAGACGUAGAUAGUGCUGCUUUGGCUGAAUUACUGAAAAAGGUGCAGGACUUACUUAAUAAUGCCCUUGGGUCAGGUGGCGGUGGUGGUGAUGGAGCCGGAGAUGGCGGUGAUGGAGCCGGAGGUGGCGGCGAUGGAGCCGGAGGUGGCGGCGAUGGUGGUGGGUUAUUGGAUCCCGUGCUGGACGCGGUAACCGGAGGUGGAAAAGGUGGUGGUCAAGGUGGAGGACAGGGCGGUGGCGGUGAUCAAGGAAUAUUGGAUCCCGUGGUCGACGGAGUGUUGGGAAGUGGCGGUGACGGUGGAAAUGGUGGCGGCGGCGGCACUGGAGGCGGUAGUGGCUGCGGCGGUGGUGGAAAUGGCGGCACUACCAAAGAUGAAGGUUUAUUAGAUCCCGUAGUAGACGGAUUAUUGGGAAGCGGCAGUGAUGGCGGUGGUGGGUCGUCAAGCGGAGGUAGUGCUGGCUGCGGAACUACUACAACUGCUGCCCCCGCUGGCUGCGAAACUACUGAAGCUCCUACUGAAGCUGCUACUACCGAAGCCGCCACAGAAUGCCCGACAACUGCGGUUACUACCACCACUGCAACGACGUGUCCAGCGUAG